AUGUCCAGCUCAGGAGUGAAGACCUACGCCCUAGGCGACUUCAAGCUCACGUCGGGCGAGGUGCUUCCCGGCGCCUUCAUCGCCUACGAGACGUUUGGGGAGCCCACCAACCCGGCAAUCAUCUACCCGACCUGGUACUCGGGGAACAUCUCCGACAACCACUGGCUGGUGGGAGCCGGCCGGGCCCUCGACCCGGCAAGCUACUACAUAGUGAUCCCGGCGCUGUUCGGCGGCGGGCAGUCCUCCAGCCCGAGCAACAUGCCACACCUGGCCAAGACCAAACCCUUCCCCGACGUCACGUUCCGCGACAACGUCACGGCGCAGCACCGCCUCGUCACCGAGCACCUGGGCAUCUCGCACGCGCGCGCCGUCCUGGGCUGGAGCAUGGGUGCCGCCCAGACGUACCAGUGGCUGACGCAGUACCCGGACUUUAUGGACCUCGGCGUGCCGUUCUGCGGCAGCGCAAAGACGAGCCUGCACAACCAGGUCUUUCUGGAGGGUGUCAAGACCGCCCUGCUGGCCGCAAAGAGCGCCUCGUCUGCGGGCAUCUGCGCCGGCGAGAAGAGCGCCGGCGGGUAUCGGAACUGGACGGCCGAGGAGAGGGAGACGGGGCUCAAGGCGCUAGGGAGGGUCUACGCCGGUUGGGGUUUCAGCCAGGCGUUUUACCGGGAGAAGCUGUAUGAGGGUUUGGGCUACAAGAGCUUGGAGGAUUUCAUGGUCGGGUUCUGGGAGGCUUGGGCGUGUGCAAAAGACCCGGAGAACAUGCUCGUCAUGCUCCACACCUGGCAGGCUGGAGACGUCUCCGCCCAAGAGCCCUACGGCGGGAGUUUUGAAUCGGCCAUGAAGGGCAUCAAGGCCAAGACCUUGGUGCUGCCUGGAAAGACGGACCUGUACUUUCCACCAGAGGAUAGCGAGCAUGAGGUCCAAUGCAUGAACGAGGGAGUCGGGGAGUGCAUUGCUUUCCCAUCUAUAUGGGGCCAUUGGCAAGUAUUCCUUUCAACGCUCAAUAACAAGCAUGGGGUGAUGAACUAA